CCAGCUUCCGCAUUUGCUGUACUCUGUCUGCAGUCAGUGUCAUCGCGCCAGCGACGUCAUUGCGUCCCGUGUGUCACCAGCAUCAGAACCAUGGCGGAUCCUCGUGUGCGGCAGAUGAAGAUCAAAACUGGAGUAGUGAAACGGUUGGCCAAAGAAAAAUCUAUGUAUGAAAAGGAAUCCAAGCAACAGGAAGAGAAAGUAGAACGGAUGAAAAGUGAAGGAGGCGAUGAAUAUGUAAUUAAAAAACAGAUGGAAGUAUUACAAGAAUCUCGCAUGAUGAUACCAGACUGUCAGCGCAGACUAGAAGCGGCCUAUACAGAUCUUACACAACUCUUAGAAAAUGAAAAAGAUUUGGAAGAAGCUGAAGAAUACAAAGAUGCACGUUCAAUGUUGGAAUCUGUGAAAUUAGAAGCAUGAUCACUUUCAGGCCUUUUGAUUUUAUGACACCAUUCUACAGCAGCAUAGAAUUUUUGUACCACAAAUCCUUUAUUUUUUUCUGUUUAAUGCAGAUAAGAAGUUGGUACAAUAUAAUUUAUGUACCUUUAUUCAACUUUCUAUUUCUUCUUUAUAUAUUGAAGAUAUACAUUAUGUUUUUUUCUGUCUGGCUAAUCAUGGAAAUGAAUAAAACAGUCCUAUUACCAA